AUGGUACGCGUACUAACAAUCGUGCUCAUUCUGACCGGAUUAUUAUUGAGUGAUUCAAAUAAACGUGAAAAAAGAAGUGUUGUUAAGUUACUAACCCAACUGGGUCCCUAUCGCAACCAGACAUUGGGGAAUUUCGUUGACUUCUCGUCGGUACUCGGACUGUACUAUGGUGAUCCGAACCCAAAAGUGCGCAGGUCUUACGACUUUAUCGUUGUUGGGGCAGGUCCUGCUGGCUGCGCCGUGGCCAACAGGUUAUCGGAGGAUCCCACGGUGAACGUGCUGCUGUUGGAACUGGGCAAAGCUGAAAUGGCAGCGACUUCGGGCGUCCCGGUGACUUUUUUGUGGCAGACUUCUGCUGACUACAACUUUGGUUAUGUCACUGAACGCCAGACUGGGGCUUGUUUGGGUCUGAUCAAUGAACAGUGCGCGUGGCAUCAUGGACGAGGAUUGGGCGGUUCAACUAUAAUUAACAACAUGAUUUAUACGAGGGGCAACUUUCGGGACUACGACAUGUGGAACGCUUCCGGUAAUCCGGGAUGGAGCUAUAGAGAGGUGCUGCCGUAUUUCAUACGAGCUGAAGAUGCCAACUUGAGAGACUUUCAGAAUAAUGGUUACCAUGGCACAGGUGGAUAUUUGUCUGUUGAAGAUGCGCCAUAUAGGACGCUGCUAGCUUCGGCGUUUGUGAAAAGUGCUCAACGAAUUGGAAUUCCAUACAUCGACUACAACAGCCGGGAUCAGCUGGGUGUUUCUUACAUACAAUUCAACACAAAACGUGGACUGCGAUGGUCGGCAGCAAGGGGUCUGCUGAACCCGAUAGCAAACAGAAAGAAUCUUCACAUUUUGACGAAUGCCUGGGUAACAAAAGUUCUUAUUGAUGAGAAAACAAAGACGCCUUAUGGAGUAGAAUACUCCAGAAAUAAGCAGACAUUCACGGUCAAAGCCAAACGAGAGGUGAUACUAUCUGCCGGGGCAUUUGGAAGUGCCAAACUGUUGAUGUUAUCAGGGAUUGGUCCCCGCAACCAUCUUAAAGAGCUUGGCAUCAAGAGGAUCAAAUCGUUGCCAGUUGGAGAAACUCUUUACGAGCAUCCAGGAGCGAUAGGUCCCGUAUUUUUGGUCACAAAACCAAUUGACAAUAACAUCAACUUCGAGCGUAUGAUUACGAUUCCAAACAUCAUUAAUUAUGCCUUUGGAAGAGGGCCAUUCACAUCUGGAAAUACUGAAACUGUUGCGUAUGUGAAGACACCGUACUCUCCGUACGCUGAUCCGAACUGGCCAGAUGUUGAAAUAAUCCAGGUUGCACUGCAGGCAGGAGACGAUCCAUCUCCAGGAACUGAAAACUAUUUUCAUAUGAAAAGCUCCAUCAUGAAUCAAUACUUCAAACCGCUGUUCAACACACGAGCCUUUAUGUACCUUCCACUGUUGAUGCACUCUAGAACGAAGGGAUCAAUGAAGCUGAAGUCUACCAACCCGUACGAUCAUCCUAUCUUCAACUACAAAUACUUUGAAGACGAACGUGACCUCAAAGCCCUCGCGUACGGCAUUCAGGUAGCCAUCAACAUAACCGGCCAGAAACCGUUCAUCGACUUGGGGGUCGAGCAGUACACGGUUCCACUUCCAGGCUGUGAAAACAUUGAGUUCAAUACGUUCGAGUACUGGCAGUGCUACGUGCGGGUAGUGACCACGACCUUCUACCACUACAUUGGAACGUGCAAGAUGGGACCCGCUUCGGAUCCUACCACGGUAGUUGAUGCCCGGCUACGGGUUCACGGAAUGAAGAACCUGCGUGUCGUUGACGUCGGGAUAAUUCCAACGCCCCCCUCCGCCCAUUUGGCCGCAUUGGCGUACAUGAUAGGCGAGAAGGGCGCUGAUAUGAUCAAGCAGGACAACGGUUUGGUUCAUGGGUUUUUGGGUUAAGUUUGUAAUA